AUGCCUGCCAUUCAGCGCUCCGUUGUCGUCCGCGACACCCUCAACCUUAUCGCCAAGCGCAGCAACUGGGCUGGCCGCGAGGCUGGUGUCAUUGUCGUCUUCUGCGUCGUCUUCAUCGUUCUUGUCGGCCUCGUUGCUCUAUUCAUCCACAAGAAUUUGAACCUACCCCUCUCCCAUUUCACGCAAGAACAUGUCGGCCACAAUGAAGAGAUGAAGAUAGGAUGA